AAGUUCUCGUGAGGGUGGAGUGGAGUGGAGUGGAGUGGAGUGUGGACAUUCAAAGCAGUGAAAAAUGGGUUCCCUAACAUCAUCAUCUCUUCUUCAAUCUCUCGUACCAGUAUCAAUACCUCAAUCCAAUCUCCUAAAUCCUCCAAACUCCUCCUUAAGACUGCCAUCUCUCAUCCAACCAACCAAUUUUGCUACUAAAAGACUCGCCUUUAGUUUGCAUUUCAAGAGGAACACAAGGCUCUUUGCUGUGGCAGAAGACCAAAUCUCAGUCUCCGAGGCUGCCCUGAGGAGGCUUUAUGUUGGCAAUAUUCCCAGAACUGUUGACAAUGACGAGCUUAGGAAGAUUGUUGAACAACAUGGCGCUGUCGACAAAGCCGAGGUUAUAUACGAUAAGUAUUCUGGAAGGAGUCGCCGAUUUGCAUUUGUUACAAUGAAAACUGUUGAAGAUGCAAAUGCAGCAAUUGAAAAUCUAAAUGGCGCUCAAAUUGGGGGGCGUGAAAUCAAAGUAAACAUCACGGAGAAACCUUUGACACAAGUAGACUUUUCUCUCCUUCAGGCAGAGGAAUCCCAAUUUGUGGAUAGUCCGUCUAAAGUUUAUGUGGGAAAUCUUGCAAAGACAGUAACAAGUGAUACACUGAAGAAAUUUUUUUCUGAGAAAGGGAAAGUUCUUAGUGCAAAGGUUUCACGGGUUCCAGGGACCUCGAAAUCAAGUGGGUUUGGUUUUGUGACCUUUUCUUCUGAAGAGGACGUAGAAGCUGCCAUCUCAUCUUACAACAACUCUCUUUUGGAAGGGCAGCGCAUCCGUGUAAACAAGGCAUAGAAAUAAAGGGGUUGACAAUGUUGCAGCAUGCACGAGGUUGGAGAGAGAGGUGUAAUCUGUAUCCAUUGUGUUUGCAAAUUUAAGACCAUGCAAUGCAAACGAACUAAAACUACCAUGAAAUGAUGACAGUAGGUUUUCCUCAAGUAAAUUCCUCUGUGUUUUGGGAAAAAGAAUUUAUUGGAUAAAUCUUCAGCGGAGCUUGUAUUAAAUUUUAAAUAUUUGUUAGUAAAAAGAAGUUUGUUUAUUAUCAGCGUGAGUAUGGAUGUAUGAUUUAGGCUUUUGAUUUAGCGGCUUGGAUUGGAAAG